AUGAAUGAAAAUGAUUUUAAGCAAACUAAAUUAUCGCGGUGUUUGAAUAACUACGUAACUUGCGAAAAUCGAAUCUGGAGUAUUGAUGGUGAAAAUAUCAUUCAAUCCGGAAAAAUUAUAUAUGAUUUACUCAAUACAAAAGCGGUUUCAGCUGAAAUAUGCAUACUUACAAUUAACAAUGCCUUUUCACAUAGAAUUGCAUCACAAAAAUCACUUAUUAGCUUAUUAAAUGUUAUAAAACCAACAAAUACAAAAAAAUUCACAGCUUUAUUAGAAGAGCUUGAACCUAAAGUGAUUGAUAUCACAUAUCCAACGUCAUUCAUUAAUCUAUCUGAAGAAGCAAUUCUUGUUUAUUUAAAUCUUGCUGCAGAAGCAAACGAUACUGCCAAAUAUUUCGACAUAUUAUCAAACCAGAUAUGUAAACCAACAUCACAGACACUGAUUAGCGCUCUAAAAGGAGGUUCUUUAGAAAUAAUCAAAGAUUUAUUCAGUAAAAAGGUCACGAUACCUCGAGGAGACAUCGUUAAACUACUUAUUGAAUAUCACCAAAACACAAUAUUGAAAUUUUACUUUCCUUUCAAUGAAAUUCAAACUCAAGUUUAUAUCGGAGCUCUUUGUGAGUUUUCAAACCUGGAAAUCAUUGCAUUUACUUUCCAAAACAAUACCACUAAUUUAAACGCCGAAUCUCUGUCAACUUUGCUGUUUUUCACUCAUUUAUACAAAGCUUUCGAUUUAUACGAUAAUUUAUCAGAAUUUUACAAAAAUACGAUCAAUGAUGUACUUAACAAGGUAGAAACGGUUUCAAUUAAGAGUUUUGAAGAAUUUAAAUUUAAUUUGCCUCAAACAAUCACGAACAUUGAACUUUAUGACGAGAAAUCGUUCGGAUACGUUUAUGGGGACUAUUUGUCGAAGUUUAGUCGCUUAAAAUCCCUUGUUUUGUCAAAUUGUGAACUUCAUUACCUCAAAGACUUAAAAUCAUCGAUUAUUGAGAUGGAUCUCUCAAAUAACUUCAUUACUACAGUUGAAAAUUGUGGUCCUCUCUCAGAAUUAACAAAAUUAAAUUUAUCAUUUAAUUUUUUGACGUCAAUUGACUUUCUUUCCAAGGCGAAGUCACUCAGAGAGCUUGACUUAUCAGCUAAUCAAUGUUUAAUUGACUUUUCUCUGCUUUCCAAAUGUCCAAAUUUAGAAAAAAUCAAAUUAUCUUUCAACAAAACAACGAAUAUCACUUCCGAUCAACCAUUUAUGAAUCUUAUAUACUUAGAUCUAUCCAGAAACGAGAUUUCAAGCAUUCCUCAGCCAAAUUUAUUUCCAAAUUUACAAAAACUUGAUUUAUCAUUCAAUAAUAUCACAGAAAUACCAAAUAUCAUGAUAGAAUUUAAAUCACUUCUUGAUUUGAACUUAUCCCAUAAUUCAAUUUCGAAUUUUGAAAAUCUAAAACCAAUUUCUAGUCAAUUGAACACUUUUAAGUGCGAAUCAAAUAAUGUAUCACAAUUUGAAGUAUUUACACUCCUCGGAUACGAUUCUUGCAUUGAAAAAAUUGCUCCUUCUCUUUCAUUUUUUCCAAAUGAGUCAAAAGUUCAUAAAUAUGGCUCAAAGAUGAGAGGAAGACUUGAAGUUUUUGCCACUUACCAAGAUAACGAAGGAAAGACCCAAUUUAUUGCGAAAAAAAUUCAUCAAAUGUAUAUGACGACAAAAGAACCAACAGAGAUUGCCAAUAUACUUCUAAACUACUACAAAGCUAAUUGUACGUCUUUGCUGCAGCCAACAGGGGUUCUUUUGCCAAAUCAAGACUCAAGAUAUUAUUUUACAAUUUUGAGCCAAGUUGAUGACAAUUAUUUCACUUUAGAUACAGUAUUAAACUCUGUUAAGCCUUCUGAUGGUAAAGAAACUCAUUGGAAUGAUACAAACAGAUACAUAAUUGCAAUAGGAGUUGCAGCUGCUCUGAAAUCACUUCACGAUAUGAAAAUGAUACAUUCCAGAUUAACACCAUCAAGUAUAUUGUUAGAUUCAAUGAAUUAUCCGUUUAUUUGGGAUCAUUAUUUAUAUUCUAUAGAAAAAGAUGAAAUUUAUUCAAAUUUUGCCCAGAAUACUUACCAAUAUGUAGCUCCUGAAUGUUUAUAUAGUUCAGAUAUUACAGAAAAAGCUGAUGUUUACUCAUUUGGAAUAAUAUUGAGACAAUUAGUUUUCAAUGACUCUAUUUAUGAUACAACACAUAAAGAAUCGGCAAUAUACCAUGCAAUACAAAUGGGAACAACGCCAAAAGUUGAAUGUGGAACUCCAUUUUAUAAAUAUUUAACAAAUCUCUGCUUGGAAUACGAUCCGAACAAAAGACCGUCAAUGAAAGAAAUAUUUGAGAAGCUCAAAGACCUUAAAAAUGAGUUAUUCGUUAAUGUUGACAAAAAUCAAAUAAAUGAAUACAUUAAAACCCUUGAAAGCCCAGGUCAGAAGCCUCCCUGCAACAUGGAAGAUGUCGCAACCUACUUUUCGGACCUUAAAAUGCUCAGGGAACAAGCUGAUUCAAAUAAUCCUCAAAAACAGCUUCUUUAUGGCAAAUUACUGAUCUCAAAGCUUGAAACAAGACUUGGUUUAGCUUAUCUAAGGCAGGCAGCAACAUCACAAGACCCAAUUGCGAUGUAUAAGUACGGUUUAGUCUUAUCAAACGCUGUAGCGCCAGAUAACGAUGAUGCAACCGCAUUCCAAUACUUAAAGAUGGCUUCUGACAAAGGAAAUAUCGAAGCCACAGCCAAAUACGCUCAAUUUCUUAGAAAGGGAAGGGGAUGUCAGAAAAAUUUAUCCCAAAGUUUACAACUAUUCAAAACUGCUGCAGACAAAAACUGUCUUUCUGCACAAGUUGGCUAUGCGGAGAUGCUUCACGAUGGCGAAGGUACAUCACCAAACUUGAGAGAAGCAUUCUAUUACACGAAAGAAGCUGCAAAACACGGUGGUGCCGAUGAGAUAUAUAAUCUUGCUAAAUGUUACCAUACGGGUGAUGGUACUAGCAAAGAUCUUAGGCAAGCACUGGAGAACUACAAGAUUGCAGCCGAUAAAGGCUCACUUUUGGCAGUUGGUGUAAUUUCUAACGUUGCCAAAGAAGGACAGAAGCUUUCGAAGAAGGCCACGGAUGUUUUCAAGAAGAGCCAUGUCAGUUCAGAUGUCCAGAGGGCCGAAACUCUCAUAAUGUACGCGAUUAUGUUAGUUAUCGGAACAGAUGACGUCGAAAAAGACACAAAAGCCGCAGCCAAGCUUCUCAAAGUCGCCGCACAGAAAGGCUAUGCAGAAGCUCAGUACGAAUACUCGAUUCUCCUUAAAGAAGGCGAUGGGGUUUCACAAUCAGAUAAAGAUUCUCUCCAAUACUUGCACAAUUCCGCCCAAAACGGAUUCCUUCGAGCACAACUCGCUUAUGGCGACCAUCUCCUCUCCAACAAGGAGUUCCUUGAUGCAGCUCGAGUCUACAAACAAGCUGCAGACAACGGAAACGCCGAAGCACAAGUGAAUUACGGUGAUUUAAUUCUGCAAAACAAAGCAGGAAAAAUCCCAGUUAACGAUGCCACGAAAUACUUCAAAAUGGCAGCAGAACAGAACCAUCCUUUAGCACUCUACAAACUAGGUGUUGUUUGCGAAGGAGUCGCAGUUGAACCUGUCCAUUUCCAGAAAGCUUUAGGUUACUACAGACAAGCAAUGAAUUUAGGUGUCGAAAAAGCAUCUUUGAAAGUUGCAAAAAUGCUUUGUGAAUUGAACGAAAACCUUGAAGAAGCAGGAGAUAUAAUAGAGAAGGAGAUGAAUAAAGGAAACAAAGAGUGUUGUUAUAAUCUCGCUCAUAUGUAUAUCAGUGGAAUUGGAAGAGAAAUUGACUACGAAAAAGCCAUUGAAAUCUUAAAAAUUGGAUUGGAUUCAUCGCAAGCAAUUAAAUGUUCAUUUACUUUAGCUUGUUUAGUAUAUAAAACAACACAAAACCCUUCUCCCAACUCUCUAAAGUUCUUCGAAAUGUGCCAAGGCGAAUUCGAACAAACUGCGAAAAACAUAAUUGGAUACGCUUAUUAUACAGGAAAAGGUUACGGAGAAGAUAAAAUGAGGGCAAAACAAAUUUGGUCUAUUUCUAAAGAACAAGGUGGAAGCGAAUCAAUGUUCAACUUAGCAAUGAUGAUAAUGAAAGGUGAAAUAGAAAAUGAUCAUGAAAACGAACUCGAAAAUUUACUCAAAAAAUCUGCCGCGAGUGGAUAUUUUCCCGCAGCUUUUCAUUACGCAGAAUAUCUCUGUAAAAGAAUGAAAGAUAAUGAUGAUGACGUUGCAAGACAAUACUAUUCUAAUGCUGCUAGAGGAGGACAUAUCCCAUCAAUGCUGAAGGUAGCAAUAAUGUAUGAUAGAGGUUCAAAAUCUUUCGAAAGAUCUCCUUCGAAAGCAUUGGAAUUUUUCAAAAUGGCCGCCGAUACAAAAAUUGACGAAAAAGUUCCACAAGAUUGGAAAUUUGGUCGGUUGGAUUUCAUUAUUUCUGAGAGUUUCUUCAAGACUCAUGAAGAUUACGAGCAUGACUUGAGUCUCGCCAUGCAAAGGACAGGAGAAAUCCUUCUUGGUGGCGAAGCAGGUUAUUCUGAUUACCAACUCGCGAGGGAAUAUUUCGAAAGAGCAAGAAAACAUAAUGACGUGGAAGCAACUUUCCAACUUGGUCAAAUUUAUGAACAUGGUUUGGGUGUUGAUUGUUCAACAACAAGAGCAAAAGAAUAUUAUGAAGAAGCUGCUUCAAAAGGUCACAAAUUCGCAAAAUUGUAUUGUAAUUUUCCUAAAACAGAAAGAGAAGAAAUUGCAUCACUUUUGGACAGAUAUCCAAACGUAAAUGCAGAAAAAGCAAUUGAAGAAAUCCUUGGUAACAAAGAAGAUGGUAUCAGUACUGCUCUUAAAAGUCUGAUGAAAGUUUCAUUGGAUGAAGAAGAAGAUGAAGAUUACGAUUUCAUGUUGGAUGAUUUGAAUUUAAUUGCAGAUGAAUUCAAAAACAAAAAUUUUCCAAAACUUGACAACCAAACAGAAAAUUUAGUUCAGAAGAAGUCAUCAGUUUUUCCACAGAUGUCACAAUUUGACUUCAUCUCUUAUAUACAGAGUGAAUCUGGAUCAAUCACAGACAUGAAACCUCCUUUCAUGGUCAGUUUCGAAACUAACAUGAAGCUGCAUAUGUUUCCAAGAAGAGACGGAACACAGCUUGGAUUUAAAGUUGCUCCAACAAAAUUGAACACGACAUAUAAGAAUAGAAAACCGGUUUUCAAAGUUGAUUUGAAACAAAAUAUUGAUUACUCAAAUCCAGCAAUUUUAUAUAAUCAAUCCGUUUCUUUGCAGAAGGAAGAAUCUACAUUUGACGAAGGUUUGAAGUUACUGAGACUUUCUGCCGAACAAGGAUUUCCUUCAGCUUUGUUUGAUCUUGCAAAAAUGUACAAAUAUGGUGAUAGAAUAGAGAAAAACGAGGAAAUUGCAGAUAAAUUGUUUAAAUUGGCAACAGAGAGAAGCAACAAAGAAUAA